AUGGGACGUGCAAAGAUAGAGAUGAAAUACAUAACGAAAGAGAAGACCCGAAACACGACUUACGAGAAAAGAAAACAAGGAAUGAUAAAGAAAGCCCAAGAAUUGAAGACUCUGUGCGACAUUGACACUGCUAUGAUCAUAAUCCCUCCAAACUCCAACAAGCCGGAGAUUUGGCCACAAGACCCUGAUCAAGUCAAGAAAUCCAUCGCUUCUUACAAAUCAAAAGAAGAAAACAGGAAGAAACAUUAUGGCCUCAAAGAGUACUUUGAAGAACGAAAGAAAAAGGUCGAAGGUGAACUUGAGAAAGCACGAAAAAGAAACAUGGAAGUUAAGUACCCGACUUGGUUUGAUGAACUCGAUGGGUUAUCUGAAGUGCAGUUGAGACAUUUCGCUAUGGGAUUGGAGAACAAGGAGAAGAGUGUGAGAGAUUAUCUUGAAUUACAGAAAAGAAUGAAGUUCGAGCAUGUUGAUUAUUAUCAGUAUGGAAGUUCGACACAUUCUCACAUGGGUUUUAAUCAGGUUCAAAUGGUGAAUCAGAACCACUACUUUAUGAACCAUGGUGUUGGGUGGUUCGAUGGUGCAUCAACGACGUCGUUUGUUCCAUUGAAAAGUGAAGUGGGUGGGUUUGGUUAUCCGAUGUUUGAAGGGGGUAUGGUUAUUGGUAACUCUAAUCAAUGGUUGUUUCAGACGCCGGUGGUGGUGCAAGGUGGUGUGAUGCCGUUAAUGCCGGAGUUGGCAGUGCCAGAAUACGAUUCACAAGUGAAUGUUGGUGUUGGGGAUAAUUUUGUGAUGGAUGAUUAUCAAGGAAGGUAUCUAGGUUAA